UCAUGCUGCUGCCAGGUCCAGAGUCUCUGUCAUGGGGUCCCUGUACGGGCCUCCCAUUGCUGCUGUCCUCCAUCGCCACACUCUGCCAUGUGCCACUUUCAGGUCUCCUCACACACUGCUGGGUUCCAUUUUGUCAUAGGGUGCUGGCAGAUUACGGGCCUCCCAUUGCUGCUGCCAGGCCUUAAUCUGCCAUGGGCCCCUGUACCGCCUCCUCAUGCUGCUGCCAGGUCCCACAGUGUCUCAUGGGUCCCUGAACCGCCUCCCAUUGCUGCUGUCUCCAUCGCCACACUCUGCCAUGUGCCACUUUCAGGUCUCCUCACACUGCUGGUGUGUUCCAUUUUUUGU